GGCAGUAGCGCAUCGGUGAGCUACAAUCUAACGUAAAACACCUGAAGAAGAAGACGACAAACGACGGAAGCGACUGUCGUAUUUGUUAUUAAAUUUGUCACCAAAUGAUUCAGGUUUAGUUAGAUCUUUUAUUGAACAUGAAUCAAGAAAAGCAUCCGCGAUCAUCCAUUGAGGAUGAUUUUAAUUAUGGCACGAAUGUCGCGACGGCUAGCGUACACAUCCGGAUGGAUUUCCUCCGCAAGGUCUACACCAUCCUGUCAUUGCAGAUUAUCAUCACCACAGCUGUAUCUGCCCUGUUCAUGCUCUGUAACCCUAUUAAAAACUUUGUGCAUGAAAGUCCCUCUCUGGUGCUGAUAUCCGCUAUCGGCUCUCUUAUCCUGCUCCUUGCCUUGGCUUUUUAUCGUCACCAGCACCCCGUCAACCUUUAUUUGCUGUUUGGAUUUACUCUGCUGGAGUCACUGUCUGUUGCUACUGCAGUGUCAUUUUAUGAGUACACCAUAGUCCUCCAGGCUUUUGUGCUGACGUCUGCUGUGUUUCUGGGCCUCACUGCAUACACCUUCCAGUCUAAAAGAGACUUCAGCAAACUCGGAGCCAGUUUGUUUGCUGGCCUGUGGAUCUUGAUCAUUGCCAGCUUUCUGAGGUUCUUCUUCUACAAUGACACCAUGGAGCUGGUGUUCGCUGGGGCCGGAGCUCUGCUGUUCUGCGGCUUCAUUAUUUUCGAUACCCAUUUGCUGAUGCACAAGCUGUCCCCAGAGGAGCACGUCCUGGCAUCCAUCAACCUCUACCUGGAUAUCGUCAACCUGUUCCUGUACAUCCUGCGCAUCCUCGACGCCAUGAAGAAACACUGAAUGCUGUGACACUCGUCAUCAAUGUCACAGGUGAACGUCGGUGCACUCGGUAAAUUAAUAAUACUUUAAUUUAUUUUAAACAUACUUUCCAUACAAUAGGACGGAGGGGUUUGGCGGCUGCUGAAUUAAUCAAAUAAAAAAAAUGAGUUAUUAAUCACUUGACAGAUUAAGUGUUGCAUUUUUGGACCAGAAAAUAUGAAAUAAUUAUAAUAAAAGCAUGAAUAAAGUCAUUAAACAGACAUGCACUCGAUACAGAACGUUAAUUUAGCAUUUUUCAUAUUAUUAGUGUAUGUAUGCUCUUCUACUAUUGGGGCAUUAAUGAAACUCCUCAGAUUUUGCUUAAUUUUUGUUAUUAGUUGUAAUCGGCUCCUUAUUUUCAUCUUGCAAAGUGAUAAUUGUCAUUUAAAUGGGCAAAUGUGAAUGUCUAAAAAAUGAUUGUACAUUUCUCUCUUCUACUAACUGUUCCUCAUUAGAUUCCUUGGUUUUUAGUGAGAUCUGUAUUCUGUGGUGAUUUCUUGUUGAUUUAGGUGUCGUGGUAGGUAAGUGUUAAUGACUGGGGAACACAUUUGGUUUUAUGUAUGUUUGUAAAUGGUAUGUGUAUCAUUAAUUUAACUCACAGUCCUUCUAAAAUGGCCUGAAUUACCUGAAAGGCAUUAAGAUCUGCAAUGAAACAUCACACAGACAUGUUAAAAUAUCAGAGUAAUAAACAUUUUAAUUUGUAGGAGUCUUCGGUGGCACAUUGUAACAUCGAUAAAGCAGCAGUGAGCCAGUUUUAAAAAGCACGUCAGUCAUCUCAUUUGAAAUGAACUAGAAAAUUCAGCAUAUUCAGGGAUCUCUGUAUGCCUGUACCCAAAGUGCAAUAGUAAUCAUGAUAGAUAUGUUUUUAAAGGGUAAAUAGUCAUGUAAGCAAACUGAGAUGUUAUAUAAUUUUAUGUUUUUUUUGCUGUAUAAAUAAAAAUAAAAUGACUAUUUUGACCUGU